GUUUUUCCCCUCCGCUCAGCGGAAGACUGGUGAGGCGGGAAAGGAAGCGGCCGGCCGGCGAGGAGUCGGCGACCUUUGGAAGCAAGAAGAGGCGCAAGGAUGGAGGCCAAAGGAAGGAACGUGCCAUCAGAGCUGAGCUUCCUGCCGCGUCCGGCGCUGGUGUGGUGCGAGCGAGGCAUUCAAGUGCUGCUGACGACAGUGGGGGCCUUCGCAGCCUUCGCCCUGAUGACGGUGGCCAUCGGCACCGAUUACUGGCUGUACGCGCGCGCCUUCAUCUGCAACAGCACCGCCAACUCGUCUUCGCCGCAGGACGACGCUGCUGCCGCCGCCGCCGCUGCCAAAGACAAGAAGGAUCCCGGCGCGCUCACACACUCAGGACUCUGGAGGAUCUGCUGCCUCGAAGGUUUGAAGCGUGGCGUGUGCUCCCAGAUCAAUCAUUUCCCAGACGACGCCGACUACGACCAAGACGCCGCCGAGUAUCUGCUGCGUGUGGUGCGUGCCUCCAGCAUGUUCCCCAUCCUGAGCGCCGUGCUGCUCCUGCUGGGCGCCGUCUGCGUGGCCUCCAGCGGCUUCUACAAAAGCAAAAGGAACGUCAUCCUGGGAGGAGGAAUUCUCUUCGUGGCCGCAGGGCUGAGCAACAUUAUCGGCGUGAUCGUUUACAUCUCGGCGGCACUGAGCGACAUUUCGCCGCGAAAGGACGAAGACAAGAAGUGGCACUACUCCUACGGCUGGUCCUUCUACUUUGGCGGCCUCUCCUUCAUCCUGGCCGAGAUGGUGGGCGUCCUGGCCGUCAACAUCUACAUCGAGAAGAACAAGGAGCUGCGCUGCCGCUCGCGCGCCGACCUCUUCAAGAGCACCACGCACGCCGUGCUGCGUCUUCCCAGCUACCGCUUCCGCCGCCGCUCGCGCUCCAGCUCGCGCUCCACCGAGCCGCCUCCCUCGCAGCAGACCUCGCCCGUUGGCGCCAAGACCUUCAGCCUGCCGCCCUCCGCGCCCCCCUUCUCCGUGGCCACCCUGCCUAACCCACACCACGCUAGCGCUAGCGGCGACAUCUCUAUGUACACCCUGUCCAGGGACGCCAAGCUGGGCAGCCUGGGCGGAGGAGCGCCGCCUCUCUACGGCACCAUGGACCGCGCCGCCCUCUACCAGAUGCACAACUACUUCCCCAAGGACGGCGGGAGCGGGGGCAGCGGAGGCGGCACGCUCCCCUCGCACUCCAAGUCUAAUUUGGCGGCCGCCGCCCAGAACGCCGCCCCGCUGAAUAGCACCGCCUCCGGCGGGAGCGCCGCCACCACCGCGCAGGCGCCCGCCCCCGCCGCCGAGCGGGGCAACGUGGGCACGCUGGACCGACUGACGGCCAAGAGGGAUCGCGACAGCAACUCCGAUACGCUCAACAGGAAAACCACGCCCGUCUGAAAGCUGAUCGGUGGAAUUAAAUACACACAAAAAAACAUUUAAGCACACACCUUUCUGUAGUUUAGUGUUUAUUUUAUAUUUUAGUUUUGCAACGAUAAGACACUAAAAUCGGUAUCGGGGAGUACGAAAAAAUACCGCGCCGACGCUGCUCAAUAUGUACUCAUCAAGAUCUAGUUUCCAACUGCCUAUUGCCCCACCCAAGAUGGCCGCCAACUAUGCACGCCACCAUAUAAAAAGAAGCCCUUGAGAUUAUCACUAGUAGACGUCCAAUCCAUUUGAAGCGGUAGGGUGACAGCCAUCCCUCUCACUUCAAAUGGAUUGGACGUCUAGCACCGUCAAUGGCAGACAAUAAUACCAAUUACAGGUGAGGAUAUGCCGUAGUUUCAGAUUAAACAGAAAAACGAUACACACAGUCCCCGGGUUACGAACGACUUCUGUUCCUACGCUACGUAGCUCAAUUUCCGCGCAAGUCUCAAUUAACCCUUUAAUUACCCCUAAAUUUAAAAAUAACUAUUAUUCACUCCCAGCCAUUUUCACCGGUGCAACCCCCUUUUUACUGGAUUUUGACUGAUUUUGCAAGGCUCACAGAAAAUUCUGUUCUAUUGCUCUAUUAAUAUGGAACCCACCAAAAGAAAGAUUAGACUCUUCUUUCAGCAGGAAAAAAAAGUAAGUUCAUAUCUUUGACCAUUCUUUAGAAAUCAGCAUUAGAAAAUAGCUUAGUUUGAGCAAUUUUCCCAUUUCUGAUGAAAAAAACAGAGAAAUUGACCUUUUUGUCAAAGCAUACAUUUCAAACAUAACUUUGACUUUACCACAGCUAUUUUUUGCUAUAGUUACAUCCCAAACAUCUGAAUAAUGUUUUCCUUUUACAAAAUAACAUAAACAACAAGACAAAUAUAGCUUUUGAUAGCAAAGUAACAAUUUAUUUACACAUAACUAACUGAGCGAUGACGCUGUUGUGGCCGCGACAGCUGUGUAAACUUUUCCCUCAAUGCCGUCUGUCUCGUAAAGAUGGAUUUUUUUGAGUCUCUGCGGGGUCUGCUCGGCGAGCCCGCUGCACUGGUGGUCCCGGUCGUUCUGCUCGGUCGUCCAGCGCCUGGUAUCCCGGGCGUCCUCUAGGUUGUUCUCUAUUCGGUCAUCUUCUGCUGGCGCCCCGGACGUGCGGCCUGGCCGUUCGUUGCCAUUGAAUUGGGUUGCGGGUCUUACCAAAUGCGCUACUGCCCUAUAGUGGCAUUAAAAUGGAUUUUCAGCUUUGUGCUUUGGAGCUAAAUUGAAUCAGAACCCAGAGAUGUCUCUUGUAAAAAAAAAAAAAAAAAAAAAAAAAAAAAAGACAUAUAAGUACGUCUUUGAGACACUGAAAAAACUAAAAAUAGAAUGUAUUUAUAUGUUUUUAGGAGCAAAUGAGUUAACGGUGGAAGAUGCGCUGCCCUCUGGUGGCAAAGUUGGGUUUGGCUGGACUGUCGUUCAAUAAUAUUUUCAUACAGGAGCACUCAAACGUCUCACUUCAAUAAAAGACAGCUGCGUACUGGUUUGGCCCAUUAAGGCUGUAAGUUGCUUCAGCUAAUAUGUUUGUGUAUGCUUUUGUAAUUAAGUUUACAGCUACAGUUUGUGGAGUUACGUGUGAGCCAUUUGCUAUGACAAUGGCGUACCGCAACCAACACCUAACUUUUGCAAAGUAAUAUUCAUGACGUUAGCAAUUGUUGCUAGGCGGGUUAACCUCCCGUUUGUCUCCAAUAGUAAAUUAAUGGAAAUAGUGUACGAAUAAGAUGUUUACUGAGCUAAACCUACCAAUUCUGAAAAUGAUGUUCCCGGUGCCAAAUUUGCUGGUAACAUUGUGGAAGAACAUACAAAUGUUCAGUUAAAGAGAUGGCUAGAGUAUCAAGGGCUGAAAAAGAGCCGUCUUGAUCCAGAACUGGUCAAAAACUGGUCUUUUGGACGUCCGCACAAGUUGAUCCAAUCUUCACAUAUUUUCCUCCGAGUUUAUGGUUUCGGGAAACGUAUGAAGAAAACAUUCUUCAUAUGUCGUGAUGUCGAGAGACGUUUCUUAGCAAGUUCCAUAGCAGCAGUGUUUGAUCGACAUGUUCUUUUUUGAAAGAUUACCGGAGAAAACAAGCAGCAAUAACAUGGGUUGUAUGCGAGGGCGUGUCUAUAAUGUCUCACUUUUGCGUUACGAUGGCGACGUCACGGUCUAAAAAUAGCAUUCGUGCGGUACGCUAUUUUGAAUGCGUUAGCAUUCGUAGUAUUUUAGCUAGCUGACUUUUCUAAGGAAAAUUAGGCUAAUCUACAAAAUUUACAUAGUCAUCAGACUAGAUAGACGUUUCAACACCAAAUGUUUUGUGUCUAGUGCGUCGUAAAGUCGAAAUCGAAAGUCAAGUAGGUCGUAACCCGGGGACUACCUGUAUUCCUCCCAAAAACGUGAUUUCUGCACAGUAUUGGUUAUCUGAUUGGGAGUUAACAAAUGUUUAGGGCUGCAGCUAUCGAUUAUUUUAGUAGUCGAUUAAUCGAUGAACUAGUUAGUUCGAAUAAUCGAGCAAUCGGAUAAGGAACAGGAAAAAUUAAAAUACCUGAGCUGAGCUUCAAACGGUAUAAAAAUAAAAUCUUUGUACAGCAAAAGAAUAACUAAGCAAAAGUCUGCUAGCUUAAAUGCUAUAAAACUAUUUUUUUUUUACAAUGCUCUUUACAAAUGGAUCAGACACAUAAUGCCACAAAAAACAGCUAAAUAUACCGAAAAAUAAAUGACGAAUGCAUUAAAAAAACAUUAGCUCAAACAAAAACUUGGCUUAUGUAGGUCUUAACAUGGAGCAGUUGGAUUCAGCCACGUAAAUCGAGGCAGACUAGAGGGCUGUGUAUCCACCCAAAUCAAUAAAACUAAAUGGAAACACUUUCAAAAUAAACCAUUUCAACCCCACGUUAAUUAAACAAAUACUCGAAGCAGCAAAAUUUAAUUCGAAUCCUUUUUUCGAAUCGAAUUCUCGAGUUAAUCGAUUAAUCGUUGCAGCACGACAAAUGUUAACUACUAAUAUCUCCUAAAAGGAGAUACAGUAAAAAAAAAAUAAGCACAAUAUGGCUGGUGGCAUGCCUCAAGGCGGCCAUGUUAGUAGGGGCAACCGUCCUAUCAAAGGUAAUGCAUGGACAUUAAGUAAUCAAGGUAUUAACAGAUAAUUAUAAUUUUUAAAAUAUAUAUUAAAGCAUCUGCUAUCAACUCAGUGACUGUGCUAGACGCUUAAAAUGCAAGGGGCAAAUGAACGUUCACCCCUCCCAGUCGAAAUGGAUUGGACGUCUAGCACCGUCAAAUGUAGUCAAGGAUUUAAAGACACACUAGAUCACUUUUAGACCGCGUUGAGAAGUUUGGGGGGGGUUGGCCACACUAUUGCUAAGCGUCAUAUGCUAUUGUUAAGCCACUGCUGGAUUCAUUCACUUCCACUUUUGUCCAUUGGCGUCGCUAAAAUCCACUAAAACUGAAAAGUUACCAAGUGUUGCUGUAAUACACACA